CUGCUCCAUCCAAUCAUCAUUUACGAGGGACACCUGAAGGCAGCAUCUCGCAGACGCGUUGCAUAAACGAAACUUAAUUUUCCGGCCCAGAGAGUUUACCUGCGUUUCAAAAUCUAGGGCUUGAUCAAGCAGGACCCCCCAAAAAAACUGUAACUACAAGAAGAAAGUCAACUUUAAAGACUGCACCACUAUGGCACAUUACAGAGCUCCAGACCCCAAAAGGGAACAGUUCAGGAGGUACCUGGAGAAGGCUGGUGUUGUGGACAGUCUGACCAGUGUUCUAGUGGCUUUGUAUGAACAACCGGAAAAGCCCAACAAUGCUCUGGAAUUUGUGAAGCAGCAUCUCAAUUCUGGCGGUCAGCCCUCGACAGACACGGAGGCUCUGCAGCAGGAGGUGAUCGACUUGAGGCAGAGGUGUGCUCGUCUGGCAGACGAAAACAAAGACCUCAAAUCAAAGCUGCAGCGUUAUGAACCUGACGAUGGAGCCCCAGCUGAAUAGAGCACCGCAGCGCUUUGGCGUAAUCAGUGUAGAUUUUGUUUAUUUUGCUUUGGCUUUCAGGACACGGCAACACUAUUAAGUGAAGGCAGAGAAUUUUUUUAGGCACCUGUUUUUUGUAAAACUUGUUUUCUACUGUUUCUUAGAAUUUAACUUAUUCUGUACAUGUAUAUAAGUACGUUCCUUGUUUUGAUCAAUCUUUAGCUUAGCUUUAUUUAGAAAUUGCCUUUAUUUAUGACUGAAAAAGUCAGAUCGUAAAGAAAUACUUCACCCUUAAUAGUAUUCCUUUAAGGCAUGGGGCAUGUCAUUGUUUGAGGGGUCUAUGAAAAAAUUAUAGAUGUGCUAAUCAUUUUAUUUUUCUGGCAUAGUUGUAAACAUGCUCAGAGCCACAUGACAGUGUGUGACACCAACACACUUGUACUUUAUUUCCAAGGAGCUGGUCACCAGUAAAAUAAAGCACUUCUUGUUUGUAA